AUGCCCGACCUGCCGCCGGUUUUCUUCUCUUGGUGGCUCAUUUCGAUCGUUGCGCUGGUCUGUCACAUAUUCGGCUGCCUACCUGUCUAUGCUCCCCAAAAACUCAGCCAACACAGGUUUCGGAGUGAAAAGCUGUUCUCGGCGACGCUAUGGAUCCUAGGUCUUGGUUGGACUCUUGGAUUUUCAGCUGUCUUGUCAUUGGCAUGUUUUGUCGAGGGUUUCGGAGACGAGUACAACCUCUUCUCAGCUGACUUCGUUUACAAUCAAGCAUCGGCUGGAAACAUCUUCGUACUACUGACAAUCGCGAUGGUAGCACAAGUUAUAAUAGGUCUUGCAGUCAUCGUCCAAAUCUCGAACGCACCUAACAAAGGCACAGAAGAAUUUUCUUCUUCUUGGACUGAUCAUCUACGGGUUACGGGGCCAUAA